GAAAGCGGCCAUAUUGCGCAUCUGGUCCAGCUUCUAUCAAGACAAAGUUGUUUUGGAGGGACACAUUAUUCUUCAUUCUUCCACAUACUAUGAGCAGUAUGUUCAAGGCAGUGUUUGGACAGAAGAAGCACAAAGGAGGAAAACCAGGAGAAAAAAGGAGGCAGAGACACCCAAGUGAGGAGGUGCAAACUCACAGCAGUUUGCAGAGGGGCAGUGGUGGUCGGGCCACACACCACCAUCAUCAUGACAGUGGCUCCACAGGAAGCCGUGUGAGACAGAAGAAACUGACCAAGGGGGUGUCUAUUUCUCUGCCAUCCUCUCCUCUCCUUCCUCGCCAGGAGAACAUAGUUCCAUCCCAUUCCGGUACCAAGUUCCCAGGACGGGCAAGGAAGCUGGAGUAUGUGGACGUCUCCUGUGACUCGAGAGGACCUCCUUUCUUUGCCUCGUGCCGUGACGAGACAGACUACAGAGACCUCCACGUGGAGCCCCAGCUGGGCUCCUCCCUUUCUACCCAGGAACUGAUGACCAGACUAUGCUUCUUAUUGGGAGAAGCAACGCCCGGCACAGCUAGCUCUCCUAUGGAGGACAGGAGGGAAAAGAAGGGUGAUACUCCCGCCCAGGGAGGGAGCCCCAGUUCCACGCUGACCUGCAGCACUGCCUCUCCUUGUUCAGAGAGCCCCUCUUCCACCUUAAGCAGCAGUGCUGUAUGCCAUCCUUUGCCCCUGCCUUUACCACACUGUGGCUCCAGCCUCAGCCCCAGCGGGACACUCUCCAGCCCUGUGCGCAGCCCUGCUCAGUGUUCUCCUGCUGCAGCUGUCACAGAUAGCAACCUUGGGCCUCCUUCUCAAAGCCCCACCUCCACACUGGAGAGCAAGGACAGUGGAAUCAUAGCUACUAUCACUAGUUCUUCUGAGAAUGAGGAACGCAGCGCCUCAAGUGCAGAUCUUACUGUGGAUGAAGUCUCAGGGGGCAGUGCUGGUGCUAUGGGCCACACAGGCGAGGACAGUCAUCCUGGGCUUACUAGGAGCAAUCCGACCAUCCAACCAGAGGAAGCAUCACCGAGAGCUGAUAUUAAGGAGCCCCGGACACCGCCUGCACCGAAGAGACCCCUCCCACAGCACCACAUACACGGUGCUUCCUCUUUCAUGAUGCCCCGUCCAAAUUCUGUGGCAGCAACGUGCUCCACAAGACUGGAGGACCUGACAUAUCUGGACAACCAAAGGCUUGGCGGGCACAGGAACUCUGUCCGCAAGCUAAAUGCACCUGGACGCACAAACGAGGACUCCAAAGGGAGACUGACUCAUUUUAAACAAGCUGACAUCAUGCUGAAACCGCUGCUGUUUGAAGUUCCCGGCACCAAGGCAGAAACAUCUUUCGUGGGCCGGGAUUGGCUUUUCACACGCCUGGAUGAGGUCUUGAAGAAAACGAGCAAUUGCGACGGAAGAGGGGCUGUCAUUGUGGGAAAUGCGGGCUCUGGCAAAACUGCCAUCAUGUGGCGGCUGGUGGCGCUCAGCUGUCAUGGCAUGCACACCCAACACGGAGGGCCCAGCAUCCUCCGCAGCCCCAGCUCCUCUCCGAAAUGUGGGGAUAGGCAGGGAAAAGCUGCCUCCAAACAAGCCACUGAUUCCCAGAUCGACCCGAGUGCUGUUCCAGGAGCGACCGAUAGUACAGCGGAUCGGAAAGAGAUCGUCAAGUGCCUCGCGACCAAGGUGGUUGCUUACCAUUUCUGCCAGGCCGACAACACAUACACCUGCCUGGUACCAGAGUUUGUCCACAGUGUUGCCGCCCUGCUGGCCAGAGCACCACAGCUCACCCCGUACAGGGAGCUGCUGAUCCAGGAACCCCACCUCCAGAAUACACUCAGCCUGCGGUCCUGUGUCCAAGACCCCAUCACUGCCUUCCGAAAAGGUGUCCUGGAGCCCAUGGCCAACCUGCGCAAGGAGCGGAGGCUGCCUGAAGAAGACUACAUUAUCUUGGUUGACAGUCUCAAUGAGGCAGAAUUCCAUAAACCAGACUAUGGGGACACCAUCGCUACCUUCAUCACCAAGAUAGUCGCCAAAUUCCCGCUCUGGCUGAAGUUGGUGGUCACAGUGAGGACGGGCCUGGUGGAAAUUACCACUUUGCUCCCCUUCUCCGGCAUCUCCCUGGACAUCCUGCCUGACAGCAGCGACCUUGGAGCCGACCUGAGCGACUACAUCCACCACCGGGUCAGCGGCAGCACCCAAAUCGCCGGCAACGUCACCACGCCCACAGGCUCCGCCCCUGACCCGCUGCUCCUCAGCAAGUUCAGCAGCCACCUGACAACACGCAGCCAUGGCUCCAUCCUCUACCUUCAGCUGAUCCUGGAUCUGUUCCACAAAGGCCAUCUGGCACUGAAAGGGGGAAACUACCUGGUGGUGCCUGUGUCUCUGUCAGAGGUGUACCUGCUGAUGUGUCACGUGAGCUUCCCAGACAAGGACGUCUUUGAGCGAGUGCUUCCGGUGCUAAAUGUGGCACUGGCGUCGUUGCACCCACUGACGGAUGAACAAAUGUUCCGGGCGCUGAAUGCGGGCAGUGUGAAGGGGGAGCUGGAGUGGAAGGACUUCCAGCAGAGAUUAGACAGUCUGGCUGGAUUCAUGGUGAGACGCAGAGAUGGUACACGCAUGCUGUGUCACCCCUCCUUCAGAGAGUGGCUGGUCUGGAGAGCAGAUGGAGAAAGCACAGAUUUCCUCUGUGACCCAAGGAGCGGCCAUGCUCUCCUGGCGUUCAUGUUCUCCAGACAGGAGGGCAAGUUGAACCGUCAGCAGACCAUGGAACUGGGACACCACAUCCUCAAAGCUCACAUAUUCAAGGGUCUGAGUAAGAAGACGGGUGUGUCCUCCAGCGUCCUGCAGGCCAUGUGGGUGAACUGCAGCACAGACAGCCUCUCAGCUGCACUGGCCUCUCUAAGGAACCUGUACACACCUAACAUCAAGGUCAGUCGUCUGUUGAUGCUAGGUGGUGCUAACGUGAGCUGGUGCACGGAGGUGGUAGGACACGCCCCCAUCCUGGCCAUCCAUGCCCAGCUGGGACAUGCGGAGAUGGUCGCCUUGUUAAUGGAAAUGGGUGCUGCAGUAGACGGGACCACCGACAGCGGCAUGGCACCUCUCUGUUUGGCGGCCGCUGCGGGACAUACUGACGUCGUCAGCCUGCUCUGCAAGAAAGGGGCCAAGGUGGGCCAUGCUGAUAAGAACGGCCAGUGUGCACUGGUCCAUGCUGGACUGAAGGGCCACACAGAGAUCAUCAACAUUUUGCUGGGGCAGGAUUGGGCCCCCGAGAAUCCCACUGAUCCACAGCAGUGCGAGACUAUGGUUGGGAAAAAUCAGGCCGUACAGCAGGCGGUAACAGCCGCAGCCAGUGUAGGACACACACAGGUGGUGAAGAGCUUGCUGGACUUGGAAGAUGAACAUCUGGCAGUGCAGAUGGACGCUCACGACUCUCUCUGGGGAGAAACGGUGCUGAGUGCAGCUGCAGGGAGGGGGAGGACGGAGGUGUGCGUGCUCCUUCUGGACCGAGGGGCUGGGCUGGAGGUGCCAAACCGCAGAGGAAUGGUUCCUCUCCUCAGCGCAGCCAAACACGGACACACACAGGUAGCAGAGUUGCUGCUGAAACACAACGCAGAUGUCAGUGUGUGCGACAAGCAGGGCCGUACGCCGCUGAUGCUGGCUGCCUCUGAAGGCCACAUCAGCUCUGUCGAGCUGCUACUGUCCAAAGGUGCCUCUCUAUCUGCUGUGGAUCAGGAGGGUCUGACAGCACUGAGUUGGGCCUGCAUGAAAGGCCACAGAGGUGUGCUGCAGCCUUUGGUGGACGCCGGCGCAGACCUGAACCAAGCUGACAGGCAGGGACGCACUCCUCUCGAUCUCGCUGCCCUUAAUGGAGACGCUGAUGCAGUGCACUUUCUGCUAGAACACGGUGCGGUGCUAGAGAGGACGGACAACAACGGAAGUAGGGCAGCAGAGCACACGCUUGGCUGCCAGAAUCCGUCCCUGGUGGCCUCGCUGCUAAAGAAAGGCUCCAAGAUGGGUACAUGCACCAGAUCACCACACAUUUUAUUCCGCUACAGAACAGCUCCGCAUGAUCGAUCAGGUCACGCCACAUGGGCUAUGGCUUCCACGAAACCAGAUAUUCUCCUCAUCCUGCUGCAGAAGCUCAUGGAGGAAGGAAACCUGCUUUACAAGAAGGGACGUAUGAAGGAGGCCGGCCAACGCUACCAGUACGCUCUGAGGAAGCUGCCUCGAGAGGGCCAAGGGGAGGAGCUAAAGGGGCUCAAAGACUUGCGAGUGUCUCUCUAUCUCAACCUAUCUCGCUGCCGAAGGAAAACCAACGACUUUGGCAUUGCUGAGGAGUUUGCAACAAAAGCCCUGGACCUGAAGCCCAGAUCUUAUGAGGCCUAUUAUGCCAGAGCACGAGCCAAGAGGAGUAGCAGGCAUUUUGCUGAGGCGUUGGCAGACCUCCAUGAAGCAGCACGACUCUCCCCGUCCAACCGCGAGAUCCGACGCCUGCUGGUGCGAGUGGAGGAGGAAUGCAAACACCAUCAGCGGCUAUCCAGCAACAGCAGCAGCAGUAAUGCAUCACAGAGUUACAGCAGAGACCCUCCCAGCCACCACCAUCACACCACUGAGGACGAGGCAGACGUGUAUUCACAGGGAAGUCUGGAGAGGCCCAUCCCAGAGGAGCAUCCUUGUCCACAGCAAGAUGACGACAAGGAGGACGGGGACGAGGUGAAUCUGCAGUGUGGCUCUGAAUUUUGGCCUCUGAAUCCAUAUGGUCCAAACAGGACUCUCCCUGGAGGCAUGGCCUUUGGGUUAACAGAUCAGGCGCCAUGUUUUCCUCAAGACGAUUAUGUUCAGAACCCACUCUUUAUUGACCUGCCUGAGCCGGUUCCUGCUGUCCACAGGCAAAGUCAAAACCAGGGCAGCAGGACACACCACCACUGCCACUCCCUCCAGUCAGGGAGUAGGGUGGCGGGCAGGCCUCUAUCUCUGUGUGGACCCUCCAGUCCUCUGCCAGGGCGACACAUCUCCACCUCCCUGAGGCCUGCGCCUGUGCUGGCCCUUGACAUCAGCCCUGGAUCAGCCACGGAACAUUCCGGGCUCAGUCCCACAGAGCACUACCACCCCAUGUCCCCAAACAGCUCCUCGCCACCGGGCUCUCUUCAUAUGUACCAGCCCCGCUCGUGCAGCUUUUCCAGGGGUUCUGACAGACUCUCCGCCCACUCUGCGCCUCUGGAUGGCCUGGCGCUGGCUGUGGGCUCAGCUGUGGAAGUCAGGAGGGAGGCUGGUGGAGCAGGAACAGCUGGCUCUAGGGGCUCUAGCUCCAGUCAGGCUUCCAGCGGGAACCUCUCAGACAACGGAAAGCAACAGGUCCUGGACCCGCCGUGCCCCAUUAAAAGCAGCGGCAGCUUCAAGUCUAAAGCCGAGAUGAAGCCGCGGCCCUUCAUGGGGGUCACAGACAAAGCAGUGCGAGUGCACAGCCAGCAGACCCCUACCUUUGGCCGACAGGGGCAAGGAGGGGGAGGAGGCAUGGAAAGUUUCAGCAUGUCUGUCUUAGAGUUCCAAGGUUUGAACAAUGAGUACAAGCGCUCUUCCUUCCAGGAGACACUCUCUGGAAAUCACGCCAGCAGUCAGCAGCAGAGCCGUGACUUUGCAGAGCGGCUCCACCAGCGAGAGGUGAGAGCCGCCAUGUCAUCCCAGUUACGAUUUCCGGACGGAAGGCACAGGCAGACCAGCCUGACCAGAGACAAUCCAUCGCUGCAUAUGGCGCCCAUCAAGCCCAAGCGCUCAUUUAUCGAGUCGAAUGUCUGAAUAGUUUGUCCAAGCACAACAACAGAACACAAGUCCUGUGUAAGGUAGCAGGGAUCUGAACCUGUGAACCUGUGUGUGGAGUUCUGCUGCAGCAUCGCAUUUGCAAUCUAGAACCAGUGGACCAAUUUGGGCUUGUCUGCUUCUGCUUACAUGUUUACAGCUAACACACUCGUGUAUUCCAGAAAAACCACACAUACCUUAAGUAGGCUUUUAAAACAAGUAGUACACUGUCUGAAUUGUAUUCCUUAUAUCAAACAUACAAGUCUGAGAAAGCUUUGUGCACGAAAAAUAUUCAAAACCUCACACUAGUUGCAGGAUAAGACCAUUUCGAUUGUCAAGCGUCUUUUAAAAAACAUUUAUAUUUGUACAAUGUACACUAUAUUUGCAGAUGAUAUAUAUUCCCUUGUAAGUGGUUCUUUGUCAACAUUACAGCCUUCUAAAAAAUGGUAUACUCUACUCUUGUUUUUUUUUCUUCUUAGAUUGAACAAAUGUAGGUGAGUGUUAAAACCUUCUUGUCUAUAUUGGGUUGCUUCAAUAUUCACUGUAUAUGUUAUUUAUUUUUGCAUAGCAGAAGAUGUAUGAAGUGUUUAUUGGUUGGACUGAACACAAGGAGUCCAAAAUGAAGAGGACAUCAUACAGUAGACUUAUAACGAUAUGUCCAUCAUUGUCAAACACUUUUCAUUCUAUGGAUUACAGAAUGUGGCCACAUUGUGGUACAAUUAAAUAAUGAUGGAUGACCCAGUAUUUGUUUCUUUCACAGUACAGCAUAUAUUUUGGAACAAUAAACGUUAUAAUGUAUGGAAAUGAUAGCA